UUUCUUUUCCUCCUCUCCCCUCUUUCCCUUUCCUCUCCUCCUUCCCUCUUCCCGCACAAAAACCCAGACGCGGAUUUCCACGGGGCGGAAAGAGCCGCAUCGCUUCUUAAGAGCCGCUGGAAAUCCCUUUCUGGGUUCCUCUUGCAGAGACACCCGCCCCCCCCCAAAAAAAACCUGGGCUAAAUUUGCAAAACCGAGGUGCCGGGUUGAGUCUUCCCGAAACGAGACUCGUUUUCUUUCUUUCUUUCUUUCUUUCUUUCUUUCUUUCUUUCUUUCUUUCUUUCUUUCUUUCUUUCUUUCUUUCUUUCUUUCUUUCUUUCUUUCUUUCUUUCUUUCUUUCUUUCUUUCUUUCUCUUUCUCUUUCUCUCUCUCUCUCUCUCUUUCUUUCCUUUCCCAAAAGAACUUUUUGCAGCAGGAGAGCGAGCCACGCUGCUGGACUUUGGCUCAGCUCCCCCGGGCGGGAGGAGGAUAGAGAAGGCGGCGGCGGCGGCGGUGGUCGCGCCGGGGGUGGGCGGGCUGGGUCGGUGGGCGAGCAAGCAUGGAGCCCCCCGGCUGCCCAACUAGCCUCCUCUCCCCCUCUUUCUGCUGCCCCCCAAGGCACCCGCGGAGAGCGGCGACUUAAAUGGGAAGCGCAAACUUUGCGGCCAGCACUUCAAGCUGAGGAUUCCACCGGAGGCGAGAGCGCAGCGCGGGGCUGAGCCCAGAAGAGACUCUCCGAGCCGGGCUGCGGCGCUGAACCCCUCGGGGGGCGGCUGGAGCGGAAGAUGCACCCCCGAGCCAGCUUUCGGAGGCUUUGCCGCGGAACAGCCAUGCACUGAGACCGGGAUGACGUCGGUAUUGAGGCCGCUUGCCUUCAGACUCAAAGCCGCCGCGCUAAGGGGGGGGUUUCCUUUUCUCUGGACGGUUUUCUGUUUGACUUGCUUGCUUGGAUUCACGCGUGGAAAUCCUGAAGAUGUGGACGUCCUUCAGAGGUUGGGCCUGGUGGGACCAAGGACCUCCGACUUGUCGCGCUCUGUUCCUCAGGGAGUUGUCCCCUUCAGGUUGGGAGUCAUCCUCACCCAGCAGGCAAACAUCGAAGUGCCGUCCAGCUCGGUUAUCUCCGUUCCCGUUGGCACAGACUUGACUCUCGUCUUAAGCGUCUGCUCCUUCCGCGUCAACAGCGCUUUUCUAUUCACGGUCAAGAGCAAGCGGAAGAAAUUGCAGCUGGGGGUCCAGUUUCUUCCCAGCAAGGUGGUCGUCUACGUCGGUCACAAGCGCUCCGUCUAUUUCGAUUACGACGUCCACGACGGACGGUGGCACAACUUGGCCGUCGAUAUCCGAAGCGGGACGGUCACCUUGCUGACCUCUUGCGGGAAAGAAAAAGUACACGCGGAUUUGUACAAUAAAAAAGAGAAGACCUUGGACCCCGAAGGCUCUUUCCUCUUGGGGAGACUCAACCAACGUUCGGUCCAGUUUGAAGGCGCUCUCUGCCAGUUUGAUAUUUAUCUUUCCGCCAAGGCAGCUGAUGACUACUGUAAGUAUCUGAAGAAACAAUGCAGACAAUUGGAUAUGUUGCGACCGGACUUCCUGCUGUUUUCCCCGUUGUUGCCCAAAGAUCCUAGAACUUCUGAAAUGACUCCAAAACAAUUGGACCUCGCCAUGAUGGGCUUGAUGAACCUGACUGCUAUGGACCCUCCCUCGACGGUCUUCAAGAUCCCCACUUCUCGGAGGGAUAGGAGGUUGCAGGGAACAUCGACCACCAUCCGAGCUCCUAAAGCACCAUCUGCAACACCAACCAUGAAGGUGAGGUCCACUGUAGCAUUGUCUCCCUCUCGGACCAUCACAGAAGCGUCGCAACCCAUCCGUAAUCGCCAACGGAACGCCACCAUGGCACAUCCGACUUCCAGAACGGCUCACCGGACAACCACCAGAGUUUUAGGUGGGUCUUCCACGGUGGAGAAACCUCUUUGGUCAACCCGCCCAGAUGUUCUGGCCUUCCCAAACUCAACUGUGAACUUUGGCGUGGCUCCAGAUAAGAAAGAGAUGAGGAAAACAUCCAAAAAACCGAGUAGCCAAGGACCAACCAUCAGGUCCUCUCGCAUGCCAAGUACCACAAAGCCUAUGAUGAAGAGUAGAAGGAACUCAUCCAGUAGCCAUUCUCCAGACACCACAAAGCAGAAGUUGGAAAAGGUCACCAGUAGCCCUGCACCAAAGGAGGUCAUGAUCCAGCCGGCGACGAAGAAAUCCAGUCCUACCAUGGCUACUGUCUUUUACACCAAACCAGCACUUGGAGGGCCUUAUUCUGUUUAUGAAACGCGUGGACAGGACUCAGACUACAUCACGCUGGCUGCUGUGGAUGGCUUUCAGGACUUCAACCCUGUGGGCCCCACCUUAUUUCCAUUUGUUAUUGGCCUUCCUGGUUGGAAAGGAGACCCAGGACCUCCGGGUCCUCCUGGUUUACCUGGGAUCCUGGGCCUUCCCGGCAAGCGAGGACCAAGGGGACCUUCUGGCCCUCAUGGAAAUCCUGGCCGUCCUGGACCACCUGGCGCAAAGGGCCAGAAAGGAGACCCGGGAUUAUCCCCUGGGAAAGCGCGAUAUGGUCCGAAGGGUCAUAUGGGCUUACCUGGUUUGACAGGAUUUCCUGGAUCACCUGGUAGGAAGGGACAUAAAGGCUAUCUCGGUCCAACAGGCCACCCUGGAGAGCCCGGCAACAGAGGUGUUCAAGGAAACCCAGGAGCGAAAGGUUAUCCUGGCAGGCAGGGAUUACCUGGACCGAUAGGGGAGCCUGGCCCAAAAGGGAGCCAGGGGUACAUUGGCCCACCGGGACUGUUGGGAACGCCAGGGGCCGAUGGGGAAAGAGGAAUCCCCGGAGUUCCUGGGAAGAAGGGCCAGAUCGGUAGGCCGGGUUUUCCGGGCGAUAUGGGGGAACGUGGACCACCAGGUAUUGAUGGAAACCCGGGAGACCUCGGAGUCCUUGGUCCCCCUGGAGUCCCCGGCCUUCUUGGUGAUGUAGGUGUUGUUGGAGAAAUGGGCUUCCCGGGACGAAAAGGACUAAAGGGGUUGAUGGGAAAUCCAGGAGAACAUGGACUGAAAGGUGAUAAGGGUGAGGAAGGGAUGGCAGGCAUUCCUGGAGAAAUUGGUUUCCAAGGGGACAAGGGUAACCAUGGACUGCCCGGGAUACCAGGUUUACGAGGAAAACCAGGCCCAAUGGGAAGAGUUGGCGAAAAAGGUCCAGCUGGAAUUCCAGGUCCACCUGGCCCAGAGGGCUUCCCAGGAAGCAUCGGCCCUCCGGGAGAAAACGGCCCCGAAGGUAUUAAGGGAAAGCCUGGCGCGAGGGGUUUGCCUGGUCCCAGAGGAAUGCCUGGCCAAGAGGGCGAUGAAGGACCACCGGGUCCCUAUGGCCCCCCAGGGGAAGAGGGUCCUCCUGGGCAGAAGGGGUUUUCUGGCAAACCAGGCCCGGAAGGUUUAAAGGGUGAACCAGGAAACCGAGGACGAUUGGGAAAAGUCGGUGACGAGGGUCUGAUGGGGUUCAUCGGUCCAAUCGGGGAACCUGGAGGCAUUGGGGAAAAGGGAGACCGGGGCACAGUUGGAUCACCAGGGCCAAUAGGCGUCAAGGGGUCGAUGGGUCACCCUGGAAUAUCAGGAGAAGUUGGGGAGCCUGGGCCCUCUGGCCCACCAGGGUCCCCAGGAAUUCGUGGCUCCCCAGGGAUAAGAGGACCUAAAGGCCGGCGGGGUGCUCGAGGUCCUGAUGGAACACCAGGUGAAGCGGGGCCCCAAGGACCGAAGGGCCUCCCAGGUCACCCAGGUAAACCAGGACUGGACGGUCAAGAGGGAAAGAUCGGCGAAAUGGGAGAGAGGGGAUCUCGUGGCUUCCCUGGCAUCCAAGGAUCUUCUGGACCCCAAGGAGCAAAAGGACCUCCUGGAGACUUGGGACACCAAGGCCCUCCAGGCCCACCAGGAAUUUUGGGCGAAGUUGGACAUAAGGGACCUCCUGGGGCAGCAGGACAGCAAGGGCUUCCUGGAGAACCUGGCAUGAAGGGUGACCUUGGUCCACUGGGGAUUCCUGGAGAGCAAGGAUUGGUUGGCCAACGGGGAGAACCUGGUCUUGAAGGAGACAGUGGCUUAGCGGGACCAGAUGGACUCAAGGGUGACAAAGGACAACCAGGCCCAGAAGGGGAACAUGGAGACAAAGGGCAAGAUGGGGUCCAAGGAAAAGAAGGCCCCCCUGGUGUUCCUGGAACCCCGGGUGUCCGAGGUCCAGAAGGAAAACCUGGCCAUCAAGGAGAAAAGGGCAAAGCUGGACUUAAGGGCAGCAAAGGUCACGAGGGACAACUUGGAGAGACGGGGCCACCUGGACCGAUGGGUUCAAGGGGGACUCAAGGCCCCAAAGGAUCAAGAGGUACCCUCGGAUCUAGGGGACCUCCUGGCCAGAUGGGUGUCCAAGGAGAGAUGGGAUUAAAAGGCUAUCAGGGACACCCAGGCUCACCUGGCCCCAUCGGAUUUCUUGGACCUAAAGGAGAAAAGGGAGAACAAGGUGAUGAUGGGAAAAAAGAGGGACCCCCUGGACCACCCGGAGAGAGAGGUCCCACUGGCAACAGGGGAGAUCGCGGGGAGUCCGGAGACCCUGGUUAUCCUGGCCGAGAAGGAGUUGACGGCGAACGAGGAAAAUCUGGGCAGCAAGGUUUACCUGGACAUCCAGGACCCCCAGGAACCUCAGGCCUGAAAGGAUCCAAAGGCAGUCCGGGUCCACAAGGAAAACAGGGGCUACGGGGUGCAAGAGGCAGCCGAGGAUCACCGGGUUCCCUUGGCCUGCCAGGCCCUCGAGGGGUCAUUGGGCGAGAGGGACAAGAGGGCACUUCUGGAGUUGACGGGAUCCCAGGAAAAGAUGGCAACCGCGGGCAAAAGGGCGAACAAGGUGAGGAUGGAGAAGAAGGCACCCCGGGAAUGCCAGGGAAUAGAGGGAACCUCGGAGUCCCUGGUUUACCUGGAGUACAAGGCCCCACAGGAUUCAAGGGAGAAAGAGGUUUGCCUGGAGAGAUUGGUCCAUUGGGGAAAAGAGGUCCUCAAGGUGGAAUGGGAUUCCCUGGGACCUCCGGUGAUCCAGGGCCCAAAGGACAGCCGGGAGACUUUGGUGAGUCAGGAUUUCCAGGGAUUGCUGGACUCUUCGGCCCAAAGGGACCACCGGGAGAUCUUGGCUUCAAAGGCAUCCAGGGCCCGAAAGGGCCCCAAGGACUCUGGGGCCAAGAAGGUGUCAUUGGUCCAGUUGGGAUUUCAGGCCCACCAGGAAACUCUGGUCCUAAAGGAGAGAAAGGCAGCCAAGGUGAAACGGGUCUCCAAGGUCCAAGGGGUAUCCCAGGAGUCCGAGGACCUCCAGGCCCCCCAGGCCCACCAGGAAUUCAAGCUGCAUUUAGGCAAGAUGACUUCGAUGUAGCUUUCCACUCCAUGUUGACUGCCAGUGCUGUCUUCAGGUCAGAGCAGAGCUACGAACAGAUGGAUCGUCCAGCGAUGGAUCAAGGAGGGGAGAUCUUUAAGACCUUGCACUACCUCAGUGUCCUCAUCCAGAGCAUCAAGAGACCCAUGGGGACGAAGGAAAACCCUACCCGCAUUUGUAAAGAUCUCAUGAACUGUGAACAGAAGAUGCAGGAUGGUGUGUACUGGAUUGACCCAAAUCUCGGCUGUUCUUCAGACAGCAUUCAGGUCACCUGCAACUUCACCCGAGGAGGUCAAACCUGCCUCAACCCUAUCACAACGUCAAAGCUGGACUUCGAUAUUGGAAGAGUACAAAUGAAUUUCCUUCACCUCUUGAGCUCUGAAGUCGUUCAGAACAUCACCAUCCAUUGCUUGAACGUGCCGGUUUGGCCGGAAGGACCAUCAGAAGGGGCAUCUGUACGCUUCAAGGCCUGGAACGGGCAGCUGUUUGAACAGGGAGGAGGGCAGCUCACGCCGGAUGUUGUAGUGAACCAUUGUAAGAUUCAAGACGGUCGAUGGCAUCACACCCUUUUUACCUUCCGGACGUACGACAUCCAGCGGCUGCCAAUUGUGGGCAUUUAUAACCUUCCACCAAGCAGACCGGGAAAGGAAUAUUUCCUUGAGAUUGGGCCAGUGUGUUUCCUCUAGAAGUCAACUUUCUUGGCACUCCAUCCUUUGGCUUCUUUUGGAAGAGAGAAGCUGCGUCUUCAGCCAGGACACUUGGACCUCUGUAAGCCCCGAGAUUUGGGGCUUCAGCACUGGGACCAUGUCAUAGGAGAAGACUUUGCAGAUCCAACUUCCGAGACGGCCAGUUGAAGUAGACAUUCUCCACCUACGGAUGGACUCGUUCCCCUUUCUUCUUCAGCCAAAGGAGGUGGGGGGGGCGGAAAGUUGCUUGCAGAAAACCCAAAUCUUUUGUGCAGUUUUUGGGUCACCAAGCAUAGCAUUCCGGGACGCAGGUCCUUUUCUUCAAUCAAGCAAGAGAGGUUUUGCUGGACAAGACAAAGGAAGUGAUUUGGAAAAAACCGACGUUGCCAUCUUAUUACGUACGAUAAGAUUAUUUUGUUUUGUUUUUUAAAAUCUGCUCACUGUUCUGGAACAGGAAGGAUGAUGAUGUGCAAUAUUAAACAGAGAGAGGAGAAAGAGAGAGAGAGAAAAAAAUAUAUAUAGAUAUAGAUAUAUAUUAUUUAAGGCAAAAAAGAAGGGGGAAAAAAUCUAAACAAAAGCGAGCGAGAUUCUUCUUCCUUUUGGAAACGAAAAAAAGAAAAAAGAAAACAUCCCUUCGACGCAGGGUGGUGAGGGGAGGUACGUCACCCCACCUAAGUGGAAAGGGGUGAAUAAACUUUGGUGCUACAUUGUAGAAAGAGAAAACAAUAGAGAGGAAACAAAAGAGGGAGAGAGAGAGGGAUAGGCCUUUCUAAUUUGAUUCUACCUCUCACUAUGAAAAUACUUGGUGCUCUUUUUAUUUUUUCAAGAAGUUGUAAUUAUAUAUAUAUAUAUACACACACAUAUAUAUAUAUGAGUAAAACUAUUUAAAACUCCUCAGAGGUGCUACAGUGUCUCUUAACAGCCUUCCCCUAGAUUUCAUUUGCAGGGGAAAAAAAGAUUUCAUUUGCAGGAAAAAAAAACAACACAACAACAACCGAAACACAGGGCGCGUUCUUCUUACUGGUACAGGAACGAUAACCGAGUUAAUUUAAAAGUGCAUUAAAUAUUCUCCAGAUUUUUUUUUUCUGUGGAAUUGGAACAACUUAGCAACAGGACGGGUGGGAAGGCAGGGUGUAAAAUUGAAGAGUAGUUGUUAGCUAAUAUAUAUACCUAUAUAAAUAUAUAUAUAUAUAUAUAUAUAAAUAUAUACCUGGAUGCAGGGGUGGGAUUGAAAGUUUUUAGCAACUGUUUCUCUCCCCAGGUGCUGGUUGGGUGUGGCCAUGGGGGCGUGGCCUAUUCGGCUUCCUACACCACAGCAUUUUUAUCCUCCCCAGGCUCUGGAGGCUCUUCUCAAGCCUCCGGGAAGGCGAAAACGGCCUUCCCCAGUGUCUGGAGGCCCUCCUGAGGCUGGAAAUGGGCCCAUUUCUGGGCUUUCGAUACUUCUGGUAGGCCUGUUUUUCACCCUCCCCAGCCUCCAGAGGUUUUCCUUGAGCCUCCAGGAAUGCGAAAAUGGCCUCCCCUGGGCUCUGUAGGUCCUCCAGAGGCUGGAAACAGGCCCGUUUCCGGACUUCCGGUACUUCCGGUAGGCCUAUUUUUCGCCCUCCCCAGCCUCCAGAGGUUUUCCUUGAGCCUCCAGGAAUGCGAAAAUGGCCUCCCCUGGGCUCUGGAGGCUCUCCAGAGGCUGGAAACGGGCCCGUUUCCGGACUGCUGAUACUUCCAGUGGGCCUAUUUUUCGCCCUCCCCAGGCUCCAGAGGUUUUCCUCGAGCCUCCAGGAACGUGAAAAUGGCUGCCUCUGUCAUCCAGAGGGCCUCUAGAGGCUGGAAACGGGCCUGUUUCUGGACUUCCGGUACUUCCGGUAGGCCUGUUUUUCGCCCUCCCCAGCCUCCAGAGGUUUUCCUUGAGCCUCCAGGAACGUGAAAAUGGCUGCCUCUGUCAUCCGGAGGUACUCCAGAGGCUGGAAAUGGGCCCAUUUCUGGACUUCCGGUACUUCCGAUAGGCCUAUUUUUCACCCUCCCCAGCCUCCAGAAGUUUUCCUUGAGCCUCCAGGAAUGCGAAAACGGCCUCCCCUGGGUUCUGGAGGUCCUCCAGAGGCUGGAAACGGGCCCAUUUCUGGACUUCCAGUACUUCCGGUAGGCCUAUUUUUCGGCCUCCCCAGCCUCCAGAGGUUUUCCUUGAGCCUCCAGGAAUGUGAAAAUGGCCUCCCCUGGGCUCUGUAGGUCCUCCAGAGGCUGGAAAUGGGCCCGUUUCCGGACUUCCGGUACUUCCGGUAGGCCUAUUUUUCGCCCUCCCCAGGCUCCAGAGGUUUUCCUCGAGCCUCCAGGAACGUGAAAAUGGCUGCCUCUGUCAUCCGGAGGGCCUCUAAAGGCUGGAAACGGGCCUGUUUCUGGACUUCCGGUACUUCCGGUAGGCCUGUUUUUCGCCCUCCCCAGGCUCCAGAGGUUUUCCUUGAGCCUCCAGGAACGUGAAAAUGGCUGCCUCUGUCAUCCGGAGGGCCUCUAAAGGCUGGAAACGGGCCUGUUUCUGGACUUCCGGUACUUCCUGUAGGCCUGUUUUUCGCCCUCCCAGAGCCUCUGCAAGGGGGCUGCACUUACCUGGCAUCCAAAGUCGGCCACGUGGAGACUCCUGGGAGGGGCAGGGUGGGCAGGGCCAACCAGUCCCUGUAACUACCGGUUCGGCGAACCAGAUUAAAGUUAACAUCCGGUUUUCCCGAACCAGGAUGAACCAGCUGAAUCCCACCCCUGCCUGUAUGUUUGUGCUAAGUGCAUUCGGUCUUAAGGAACAGAGGCUAUAAUAUUUUUUUUUGAAGUGUGUAUUUUUGAGAAUGUUUGUGUUAGUCCAGCUUCUUAGUCUGGGCUGCGAGGAGAAGAAAGUUAUUUUAGAAAGUAAACUGAUGUAUCGUAGCUUGUCUAUCAAUAAGGGACCCCGUUUCAACAUCGGUUUUCGGGUCUGUCCAUACGAUAAAAGAAAAACCAGAGACCGAGAACAGAGGUAUAUCGGAGUCGUCGGCAUUCAUUUUUGUCUUGGAUAUUUGUUUGUUUGUUUGUCUCCGUUGUCAUUCUUGUGGCCGUUUCUCUGUUUUGGUGUGUUUGCGUUCCGUAGAAAGCUAGACCUUGUAUCUGUAAAGUUGGAACUCAAAAGGGAAAAAAACAACAACACAACAACGCAAAAACAGGAGGUUUAAUAGUAUGGUAACUGUUUCUUUCUUUCUAUAUAAAGAAUGUCCUAAUGAUGGAA